UCGCAAAUGCUGUGUAAAUAGCGGGUGAUUGAGAGAAUCUUCCCCUCGGCCACACCUCUGUUUUAACAGUAUAGCUGUAUUUACAGUAGCCGUGAGCACAACUUGUUCAAGGUGUGGUGCGACGCUUUUUACCUCACAGAAUCACGCAAGUCUCCAAGUCACAGGAAUGGACAAUAGCGGCAGACUAAUGAUCGCAGCCAUCAUGGUAAUGGCGUGCAUGGCGAUGGGAGCCGAGGCACAGAACUCUUCAAUGACUCUGAACGCUACUAUGGCACCCAACGCCACAAUGGCACCCACCACUACAAUGGCACCCAAUGCUACAAUGGCACCCAAUGCCACAAUGGCACCCACUACUACAAUGGCACCCAACGCUACAAUGGCACCCAACACCACAAUGGCACCCACUACUACAAUGGCACCCAACGCUACAAUGGCACCCAACGCUACAAUGGCACCCAAUGCCACAAUGGCACCCACUACUACAAUGGCACCCAACGCUACAAUGGCACCCAACGCCACAAUGGCACCCAAUGCCACAAUGGCACCCACCAUCACAAUGGCACCCACCACUACAAGGGCACCCAACGCCACAAUGGCACCCACCACUACAAGGGCACCCAACGCCACAAUGGCACCCAACGCCACAAUGGCACCCACCACCACAAUGGCACCCAAACCGACAAUUACACCCAACACGGCAAUAGCCCCCACUCUUGUCACCACCACCGUCCCAGCUCUCACGCAAAACAUCUCAAGGGCGGAUUGUGGAAAGACUCAGUUCUGUGCUGCUGAGCCAUCAGACUGUGACCCGGCCAUGGCUGGUUCAUGUUUCUUCGUCUCCACGCGGCAGUCCUCGGGACAGAACUUCUUCCUCCAGCUACGAGGAGAGUCCAGAGGCUACAUCGCUGUAGGCUUGUCCAAAAACACCACCCUGGGCGUUAAUGACACUACCUACGUAUGUGCCAACAACAACGGCACAAUGAAGUUCUUCACCACUCUCCUCCUAAAUAAAGUUCUGACUGUCACUGGCACGCUGGCUGUGGACUCUGUGAAGGGCUCAGUCAACGGUCAGAUCAUCCAGUGCACCUUCUCUGCUACUCUCCCCGAAGCUAUCAGGAGCACCAGGAGCACUGACACUAGCUUCGUCCUCUCCGUUUCCAACGGGACCGUAAUUAACGGAACCCUGGGUACUCCUAAGUUUGUCCUGGUCAACAAUGCAGCCGUGGACCUGGCCAACCCCAACAGUACUGUGAUCAACUCUUUGAACGCCGCCCCCACUAAUUCCACCACUACUGCUACUUCCACCACUACUGCUACUUCCAACAUUGCUGCUACUUCCAACACUGCCUCGAGCCAUGCCUUGGGCCUGCAGCACACCCUGUCUCAAGCUCUGCUGAUCCUGCUUGGUGUGCUAGGUAUGAUGAUGCUGUAAUGAGGAUCUGAAGGUGACACACCAUGAACUCAGAAAUCCUGCAUCUUUACUGCCACUGACACUGGCAAGGCUGCAUCCCCAAAUGACACCCUAUUCCCUACAUAGUGCACUACUGUCACUGGGUUGGGAAUACCGUAGGGUGCCUUUUCAGACGCUCUGGUUCUGGGUUAAAAGACCAUGUCAGAUCUGAAGUUAUAUGCUUAUAAAUGCAUGUCAUUCAACAUACAUAGUGAAACACUUUCUAGUUGGGGGGUAGUAAGACGAUAGCGCACAGAAUGGAUCCGGUGAUACAAGGCCCAAUGCUAACAUUUUCACCAUUUCAACCUCAUAUUCAUUAUCUCCAGCACCACCAUCUACACCAAACAUCAACACCUGUCUUCUUCUAUUCUGUUGACCACGAAACGUAGCAUGUAUUGAUGUCCCAGGAGGUUGGUGGCACCUUAAUUGUGGGAAGACAGGCUCAUGGUAACGGCUGGUGGUGUCAAAAACGUGGCUUCCAGGUGUUUGAUGUUGGUUCAGGUGGUGUUUAAGAUGAUGAAUAUGUGGUUGGAAUUUCCCUAUAUACACCCCCAUCUCAUCCCCUUUAGACUCUUUGUUUUAUUUUGUCUUUGCUGAUGUGGUUUUAUGUUGGUGUAAGUGUGAGUGUGUGUUUAAAUGUUUGUCUUGAGUGUUGGCACACAUUCUCAUAGAUGACACCACAAAUUGGCAGAAAUGUGUGUGUGUGUGUGUGUUUGUGUGCGUGCGAGCGAGCUUGUGUGUCUGUCCAAUAAUGAAGCCGCUGGAUGGUGAACUGUUCUUCCUGAUUACCCUUUUAAAUGAAACAUGUUUUAAUGUGCAAUUAUGGAAAUAUUUGUAUAAAUUUAAAAAAUUUAAAAAUGUAAGUUUUUUUACAAUG